UCAACUAUAAAAUAUCCUAUGAAGUUUACUAAAAGUUACCAUCUGAUAAUUAUAGCUAAUAAUAAGUUUAAUAGCAUAUAUAGUUAUAUUCUGUGACAAAUAGCCCUACAGUGAAAUGUUCAUUCUAAACUUACUAUUGUUUAGGCAUAACUUAAAUUCAUAUUAAUUUAUAUAUAUAUAUAUAUAUAUAUAUAUAAUCUUAGUUAAUUUCUUGAUAGCUAUCAACAAUUUUAUAUCUAUCAAAGAAUUCUUGAGUUUUUAUCUAAUUUUUAGUAAUGAAAUAUUCAACGAAAUCUAAGAACAUAAAAAAAAAGAUGACAAGGUCUUGUUUAUUAAAACAAUCCGUAGAACCAAAUAAAACGGAAAUCUAUUAAUACCACAUUUUCACCAAAACAAAACGAAUAUAUAUUUAUGCUAAAAAGAAGAAAUUAAGCAAAUAAAAAAAAGUUCCUCUUCAAAAGCGUAGCCUCUUCCAAAUGGAUGUUGUUCCUUCCCCAUUUUCAUAUCUAUAGGUCCCUUUCUCUCUCUCCUCCCUUUCUCUCUCUCUAUUCUGAUUCAUAGCACAUGGACUCAUUUAAGUACCUUGCCUGUGUUGUCCUUCUCAUACCAUUAGUCCUUUACUUCAGUAAAGUUACUCUCUUUCUCUCACUCUACACAUUUGGAUUCAAACAUAGAUUCUCUUGAACAAAGACAUAUUUUACUAAUCACUAUUACUGUUCUUUCUUUCAUUUUCUUGAUUUUGUAGGCUUAGAAAGAAAAGUAUUUUUCUUCUUUUCAUAAUUUUGAUUGUCUUCGUCAGUGUAACAGUAAUCUUUUCUUUGAUUUUAUUCCUUUCUCUCAUUUUCGUCUCUUUUUCUGAAUGUGAAGAAGGUUUUGGUACAAGUGUCCUUCUCAAAAAAAAAUUUUAGGGGUUAUUAAUUUAAUUUUGUUGCUUCAAGACCCCAAAAAGACAUGAACAACAACAACAGAAGAUCUCUCAGUACUACUACCACCAUCAGUGAAGACUACAUGUUAUUUCCUUAUAAUGACCAUUAUUCCUCGCAAGCACUACUCCCUUUUAGCCCUUGUUCUUCCAUUAACGACAUCUUGAUUCCCUCCAACUUCAACACAUCAAACAAUCAUCUUGACCAUCAUUAUCAAUUCUUACAAGCACCUUCUUCUUUUUCUCAAUUCGAAUUCGUCCCGGAUUUUGCCCUCGUCGCCUCUUUCCUCCCACAAAACAAUGGCCAUAAUGAUAACCAAACCAUCACCACCAAUGACCAUAAUCAUCAUCAUCAUCAUCCAUCACUUCUUCCCUUGAACAACCCUGUUGGAAAAUCUCUCGUUGAGCCCUUGGAGACGAUAACCACUCACAUAGAAGAUUCCAGGAAAAUCUCAACUUCUCAAGACCCAAAAAUGAAUAAAGUCAAGAAACCAAGCAGAACGGAUCGGCACAGCAAGAUCAAAACGGCUAAAGGGACAAGAGAUCGUAGGAUGAGGCUCUCGCUAGAUGUCGCCAAAGAGUUGUUCGGCUUACAAGACAUGCUUGGAUUCGACAAAGCCAGCAAAACCGUUGAAUGGUUGCUCACACAAGCCAAACCCGAGAUCAUAAAGAUCAUGAGCAGCCUUUCUAACCCGUUAAACCAUGGCGGCUUCAGCAGCUGCGAGGAGUCUCAAACCCGACCGGCGUUAGGAUCAAUGCACACAUCGUCUGAUCUGUGCAAGCUUUCAUCCAUGGGAACAGUCGAGGACAGAGGCAGCAAUACUAACUCGACCGAAACAAGGGGAAAUAAGGUGGAUGGGAUAUCGAUGAGAGGGAAGAGAAAGAUGUUGCAAGCGCGAACGCCCAUUUUGAAGAAGUUAUCUAAGGACGAGAGAGAAAAAGCAAGAGAGAGAGCAAAGGAUAGAACAAAGGAGAAGAUGAUGAAGAGAAUAUCACAAGUAAAUAUUUUGGAUGAAGAAGCUCAUAAUCAUCAUGAUGAGAUAGUCAAGAACAAUAAAAGCCAUGUGAAUUGCAAAUAUUUUGAGGCUACGCCCUGCCAAGAAGCGAUCGAAGAACUUCUUUGCAAGAACGAUGGUUUUGCAGUUUGCAAUGAAUUUCUGGUCAACAAAUUUAAUUCAUCAUUUCCAAUGCCUAAUCACCAUCGCAGCCAAGGGACAGCUAGUUCAAUAGAGAUUGAACGGCGCCGUUUUUCGAUUGACAGAUUAUAUUAUUUGCCAAAUUUCAUUUGUUAGUUUGGUUACGUGCCUUGCAGCAGCAGAUUGACAGAUUAUAUUAUUUGCCAAAUUUCAUUUGUUAGUUUGGUUACGUGCCUUGCAGCAGCAGCGUCAGUUUAUGGAUCUUCAUCACUUCUUGGAGAGACCAAGAGACCUCAUGUACAACUACCAUAUAUAAUAUGUGAUCGAUUUUACCGUUAAUUUUUAGAAUAAUUAUUUGCUGAGAUAUACUCUGAAUCUUAAGUUUAUAUGAAGGCUUCCUACUUAUUUUAGUGUGACAUAUUAAAUUGAUGUAAAAUAAUCAAUGUAUUUUGUAUAAUACUUUAAUUCUAUAAACGCAUUUUGUUAAUAGUAUAACA